AUGGGGGAUGGCCUUCUAGACUUCGUCAUCAACCAUGUGUUCAUGCCGCCCAAGUUGCCCCAAGAGGCGGAUGAGAGUCCGGAGCGCAUAGAUUUUCUUUUGUCGACCAUCCGCAAGAGCAUGAAGCUUUACAGACAGCAGUAUGCUGCGCCUGAGCACCGAGCGUUGUGGGAUUCAUUGUUGAAAAUGGUGGGUACAUUGCGCCGAAUCAACAUAGACCCGGAGGUUGGAAUCAGCGAAUGCAUCAAAAGAAGGAGUUCUGGAGACACCAUCGCCAUUUUCAUUCGUGCUCAAAACGCCGGUGUGAUCAUCCGUUGUGGCGAGGAGGAAACAAUAUUCGAGAAUUUUGAAGCUUCGCCAACGAAUAGAGCCGUGAUGGGUUGCACAGGGAAGCUUGUCCGCUCCUUUCCCGGGCCCGCAAUUGCCAUCCGAAACAACGUUAUGCAGGAUCCGGAUUUUCUAGAAGAAUUGGCUGCAUUCCUUACUGAGAUGAAUGGUGAUCAACGGGAGGAUGAGGACCUGAUGGACGACGAUCAAUCGCUAGGUGAGGACACAGUGGACGGCGAUCAACGGCAUGAGGACACAAUGGACGGCGAUCAACGGGAGGACGAGGACGAAAUGGGCAGUGAUCAAACACAGGAUGAGGACACAAUGGGCGGUGAUCGAUCGCAGGAUGAGGACGCAAUAGAUGGCGAUCCACUGCAGGAUAAGGACACAGUGGACAGUGAUCAACCGCAGAAUAAGGGAGAACACGGGAACCGCUCGUUCUCGUUCGCGCCCCGACGGCGAUGGGAUUCCAAGAAUAAUGACACACCUCAUCCCAAGCACGUCACCGAAUUGCUGACCGGGAUACUCCGUGGACUAGGAGAGCCUUCCGACAUUCCUCGCAUCCAGAAGAGGACAUCGGACGAUGUUUUGCGGGGAGAAACCGCUUCUGUCCCAUGGCGGCGCAGCUCCCUCUGGCUCGUUGUUCGCGUCGCGUUGCAAACUACGAUUCAUCGAGGCACUUCGAACAUGAAGGAAUACAAGUCUUUUAUGAUACUUCUUCUGGUCGAGAUUCUGCGCAGCGGUGUUGAGAACCGUUUACCGGGACAUAUCCUUUAUUGCAUGCGUGCCAAACUUAGCCGCCGACUCUUUAAAAUCCGACCAUGGGCAGCUCCGUCUCUGGUCACACUUGUGCACGAGGUUGCGCUUGAUACUGAAGGACUGCUCCAAGAUCGAUGGAGGAGCAUCCAAGACGCGCAGAUGCGAGCACCUAAGUGGGCACCAGACGAGCUAGAUAUUAUUGGGGACACUAGCCUCAACUUGAAAAAUUGCAGAUCUCACAUCAGCGCCGCUUUUAUCUCAGGGAUUUCCGCCAAUCGCAAUGCUACGUUCCAACCACAUCAUCAUCCACGUUCAUCCAAUGAUCUCUUUGACGACGAACCUGGGAGUUUUUCAGCAGCAGUAGAAGCCAAUGGGUUUGUUGCGCUUUGGGAUUUUGAGCGUUGCGUAAAAGAUCGCAUUGACGAAUGGGUAUCUCGGCAAAUCUCUGACCAGAAUUGUGAAAGUGCUUGCGACUUAAUCUCUCGUUAUAUGACGACAUACGCCGAAGAGGCCGGGAAACUGUAUGAAGAGGCUCCAGCGGAACAGUCCAUCAUGCUCCUCACACUUUUUGAGUUGUGGAUGGCACUCGACAUUCUGGCAAUAACUGGUUGUCCCCUCUUGAAGGAUUAUUCGCCUGAGGUUCCACUGACUCUAUAUGAGGGCCUCCUGCUUUCGAAAUCCGAGUCGUUGGCACGCAUCUCGAAGAUCCAGACGUACCUGCGCAAGCGCUAUCACGAAGCUGGUAGUACCCCUCGAUCAGCUUUCUCGGAAAUUGUCGAUGAGGAGACUUUCGCAGUCAGAUUUUUCGAGUCGUCUCCAUCACUCCAGAAUCUUAAACGCACCAUAGAGGAACAAGCGUGGACGAGCGAAAAACUUCGCGAGCUUCACUUGCUAAAUCUAGAAUAUAGAGGAAUGAUGAAACGAGCAGAUACGACUUUGAAGGAGGCAAACAUAAAAUGCUAUUACAAAUGGCGGGCAAGAGCCCUGAAGACGGUUAUUCGUGAAUGGCCUCUACCAAAAGAACCGGUGCGAGCCAAAGUCUUUGUGUUUGAACGAGCAGUUCCUGUGGUUUUCAGGGCUUGGAGGGAGACAACUUAUUGGCUUCUCCGUGACAUCUGUACGCCGGAAAAAGGAAGAUGGCUCACGAGGUGGGAAGGGUAUGCCCGUCGCGACCUUCCUUCCAAGCGUCCCGUUCCGAAUCCCCAACACCGAAUAUCGCUGGUACCGGAGUUGAGAAUCCUAGACAACGAACUUGGUAAUGUCUGCGGCACGUAUACUUCUUCAUGUCGGCUGUGGGACAAUAACUAUCUUGGAUGGGUAUAUCCUCCAUCUAGCGACUGCGGUCUGAGUCAUAGAACAUCCGUGUGGAUAUCGAGAAAGUCGCCAUAUGCUUCCUUGGACCGCUUUGCACAGGGGACGUCCCACACUUCAAACGAAGUUCUUGCAAGCCAGCAUCAAUGUCCUUCUUCGCUUCGCUUACGUAGUUUCAUCGCCUUCGGUUCGUUGCGCGCUGGGGCCGGGUUGCAGUGGUACAAUAUUGCCCGAGAGAUUCCCUCCGAAAAUCUGAGUUUUCAGAGCGAGGAGGUUUGCGACCUCAUCUCUCGGGCCGUGUGGCAAAUCGGAUGUCUUUCUGAUGAUGGUGUUUGGGAGCACCACCAAGUUCUACGAGAGGUGCCAUUCGGUAAUGCGCUAUUGGAUGUCCUUGAACAAUUGGGGACAGAUAUAGAGGGGGACUGGCGCCAGGGUAUCACAGCACUGACCAUCACUACGCUAGCUUCUCGACUGCUGGCCUCGGCUGUGGCACCAUCGAUCAUCAACAAAACGUAUAAGCUGCUUAGAAAGAUACGAGAUACCACUCAGCGCUGGUUGCAUGAACUUAUGGCACUUGAAUCCCACGCCGAAACCGAAGCUGAACGGGAAAAAUAUCAAGGAGCAAUAUGUCCUUUGGCCGCGAUUUGUAGGAGCUCAUUUGAUGUCGAUGCCCACCAUGCUGGGUCACUCCUUCGAACUCCAGGAGAUGUCGCCAUAUUCAUCGAAUGUGCUAUCAUUCUUUAUAGCCACUCUCCCCAAGAAACCCUUACUGACGCCGAACCUCAUUUACGUCGGUUACUCCUCCGAGACAAGCGCCUGUCCUGCAGCAUGGAAGAACUUCUUAUUACUCUCAUCCAAGAAAAAGGAAUCAUGCUAGGUGUCAACAAAGGAAUAUCAAGUGUUUGGAAUGCCAUCGAUCCGACAUGUUUCUGGACAAGGUUACCAAAACCUAACGAUCGUUGGUUGACCACCACCGUAAAUGGUCAAAGGACCCAAAAUGUUCAUUUCAACGUAUUAAGUGGCGCUUUGCUCAUUGAUGGAAAACCACCUGGUCGAUUGCCAUCUGACAUCCGUGGGCAUUCGAUAUAUAAGGAACUCUUUGGUGCAAGAAACCCAGAUGCUGUUCCAUCGGAUAUUGAAGACAUGGACUAUGUUACCAAAGCCCAUAUAUCCUACAACUCUCAACUCAAGACCAAAGAUGUGGAUGAGCCAAUUCACUUUGGGUGGCGAGAUGGAAGACUCAUUCUACGAAGCAGAAGCCCUACGCUCGACGGGAAUAGCUAUCGGAUCCUGGAAUUGUUACCACGUGAAAUAUUUCAAGGUGAUCUCCCGUCUACUUUAGUCGACGAUUAUUUUCAUUGGAUGGAGCUAUCGACUUGUCAAAUUGAGCUGCGGCCUAAGAAGACACCCUGGACAACCUCCCGAUCGAACUGGCACCUCCGUCGUACUGCAUGCUCCACGUGGGUCAUGGACCAAGGGUCCUCUGUCAGACUAGUUGACUGUCAAAGCCACACAGGGGAGAUGAUUUGUGCCAUGCUUCGUCCACUUGAACCUGAAAAUAACAUUCUUAUCACAACGGCAAGGUCGUCGAUUCAAGAACUGCGCGUCGAUCUUCCCCGGUUCCAGCUCUCCUUCACCCUGAAAGGUGGAAAGCUCCAUUCAUUAAACUUUCCGGGUUUCGAAGUAGACAGUAACCAAUCAACAGGCACAAUGCUGGGCCUCCGCAGUCAGCUGGUUUUGCGUUGCAGCGGAGAUCUCGCUCCUGGUCUGGAGCUUAACUAUUCGAGGCGCGUAAUAAUCCCGGCUGGGGAAGUAUCCAUUGCAAAUGACGGUGAGCACGUCACUGUUACGAUUGAUAACCCGAGAUCAUCACGCGUCAAAUAUUGCGAUUAUGACGUUGAUGUCUUACUGGGUCGUCUGGUUGGAGAUGGGAGCUUGUUCAGCACAUUAUUCCAGGCAAUUCUUCAUGCCGUUACUAGUUACUGCUUGCCCGAUCCUCUCACGUCAUUGUCAGGAGUUGAGGAAGCAAUCCAAAUCCUUCGAUCAGCACGUUGCAAAUCGUUCCAAAGCCUUGGUGACCAGGAGCGGCAGCUUCUGCGCCAGUUAUCGGCAUUAACGCCCUCAAGCGACCGGACGUGGGAAGGAGCGCAUCGAAUUGCCUGGAAUAAAGCACUUAGUCCGCUUAUCCAACACGAUGCUUUCCGGGUUGAAACUCGAUCUAUUUUGGCAUGGAAUGACCAAAUGCGGGUCUUUGAUCCUUCCAUACCAAUCAGAAACUUGACAAGGAAUGGUGGGGAAGACCCUUAUCUUUCCCGUGCCGGAUGUCGCAAUGCAAUCUGGUACGGCUCUGAUCUUCCAUGGGGCAUGCGGGGUGUAGACGAGACAUAUGAAUCUAGGGAUGCUGGCAAAGGGCUCGAUACUGCCCGUAUUCGUGCUGCAUCGAAUGUCACUAGUUUGGUAUACCAUUGUCCUCGUCGGCUAAAAACCCCCAAAGAUCUUUUGUCUCGCGUUGAAUCGUGGACGAGGGAGAUCAGAGGUUCAUCCCCCAAUGACUUGUCGGAUAUGCGUUUGGGAUUCAGCAAGGAAUGGCUGUCGCUGAACAUGCCAGACAAAUGGAUAUCUUUGUACAAUGCGUGUCGAACAGAGGGAUGGGGAAACCGUACUCGUUUCAAAAUGUUGUUUAGUCUUCCAGCACUGGGCUACUCUAAUCCUUCAUGCGGGGAUUUGGUCCCUGCCUUACUUGCAUUCACACGCUACCCCGAGUUCCGUUCCAUUGAUCCGCCACCGUGGCCUCGAUACAAUUUCACCAUGGGUUAUAAACCUGAUGCGUCCGAACUCGAUAAUGCCAUCACGGCAUUGAUUGAAGACGCCCCACGAGAUUCCCGACCAUAUUCUCAAGUUCCUUUUCUUGUCAAAAAUUUUAUCGCUCAAUGGGAUCAUAAACCUACAAGAGUGCCAACAUUACCAAGUCCGCCAGAUGGCGAUGUGUGGCUGAUCAACACUUCUCAGACGAUGACCGAGGUGACUAGCUUGUUUGAAUCGUGGUUCAGAAACCGGGAAUUACGCCAGCACAUUCGGGCAGUCCAAACGGUAUUGGACAAACACCGGACUUGGACUUCAGAUGCUCCGGUUCUACCGAUAUAUUCGUUCAAGACCUCCUUGCAACUUUCAGAAGUGAAACCGUCCAUUGUAUCGUACAGUGACGUCUUUCUCCGACAACCUCCGAUUCUUGCGCGUACACCUUCCCCUCUGAAAACGAAAAGAUGGUUGACGAUCAAAUCGUCUUCGGAACGCAAUAAUAUCAAAGCUCUCGUUUCAACUCUUCGUUCAUCCCACGAUCCGAUAUCCCAGAAAUAUGGGGCUGAUCUCGAGGCUAGUCGCAAUGCAUUGCAUCAUGACAUACAAACCAGCGUGGAGCAGGUGGAAUCCCUCCAAGAAGAGCUUCAUGGCGAUCACCAGAUGUACCGAUCUCAUCUCUCUCAUGUGUUGGGGCAAAUCGGACGGGCACUCAAUCCAGAUCCUCAGUCAGAGCGAAUACAGGAGGUUAUGCGAGUUGCAGGACUAUGGCCGAAGAGCACCACUCGUUCUUUGCUGCACCACCUAUCAUUCUCAUCCCGUUCAAAAGUUAAAUUAUCCCCCGAAUGGAAGAAUGUCCUCAUUUGCCUUGCCCAGUCCAUACUGCUUUGGCAGCGGUCGGAGAGAUUGGUGAGAUUAGGACCCAAAACCGAUGAAUUUCUGAAGGAAUGUUCAAGUCAUCCUGAUUUGAAUGACAUUUCUGACGACUGGCUACUCGUCCAGAUUGACUCCAAUUUUCUUGCACGCUCUCUCCAGGUUGAUGUUGCGCGUAACAUGAUGUUUCCUCGAUCACAGGAUAACACCAUCCUUCAACUCAAUAUGGGGGAGGGAAAAUCGUCCGUUAUUGUUCCGCUUAUUGCCAUAUCUCUAGCAGAUGGACAAAAACUAGUCAGAGUCAUCGUGCCAAAGCCCUUAGCAAAUCAAACGUUCCAGUCACUGGUCCGACGCUUGAGUGGUUUGGCGAACCGGCAGAUAUAUUGCAUGCCGUUCUUCCGUGCAAUCGCCACGGAGCCGCAUCAUCUUCACCUAUUUCAAAGGAUUUAUCAUGAGUGUAUGGAUGCCGGUGGCAUACUGGUUAUGCAACCUGAACAUGUCCUGUCGUUCAAACUCACGGGCAUUGAACGACGGCUUUCAACGUCCAGGACUUCAAGUGCACUGCUAGGGUUACAGCGAUGGCUGGACGCAAACGUUAGGGACAUUUUGGAUGAGAGUGACGAGAUUCUGGCGGUCAAGUGUCAACUUGUGUACACAGUUGGCACUCAGCAGCCCCUAGGUCCUCAGCCUGUCAGAUGGACUACGGUGCAGCAUGUAUUUUCCAUCCUGCGUAGUAGCGGCCGGCUUCUUCAUCAACUGGCUUCUGAAGGGGGUCUCGAGCUCGAGCAACGAGACGGGUGCUUCCCUCGUCUUCGCAUUCUCAGACAUGAAGCUGGCGUUCAAAUUUUGAAAUCUCUUUUACGUGGAAUAACGCAAGGAGAGUCUCCUGAUCUACCUCCGUUCAGGCUAUUUCAUGGAGGAGUGCGACGAGAAGCAGAGGCUUUCAUUGCCCAGAGGAAUCCCGGAAAACUUGAUGAAUUGCGAAAUCACUGCCGCAGUGACAACGAUCUGUGGAGCGUUUUGCUCCUGCUGAGAGGCCUUUUUGCACAUGGGAUACUUAUGUACAUUCUGAGUGGACGUAGGUGGCGAGUAGACUAUGGACUUGACCUAACACGGUCACUUCUCGCAGUGCCCUAUCGUGCAAAAGAUGUGCCUGCACUGAGAGCAGAGUUCAGUCACCCGGACGUCUGCAUAUCGCUGACAUACCUCAGCUACUACUAUGGCGGAUUGUCUUACGAUCAGCUUGAUAUGUGCUUCGAGCAUAUCAACGAACUAGAAGAUCCUGUAGCGGAAUACCGCAAGUGGAUUAAGGAUAAUUGCUUAGUGCCAGACUUUCUCCGCAAUUACAAUAGUUUCAACCCAGAUGACCGCGAACAAAAGAUCCGGCAUCUCUAUCCAGCUUUCGAAAGGAACCCAUCGACGAUCAACUUCUUCCUCUGUCAGGUGGUUUUUCCGAAAGAAGCCAAGACAUUUCCUCAAAAACUCUCCACAUCGGGUUGGGACAUCGCCGAACGAAGGCAACACGUAACGACGGGGUUUAGUGGCACUAAUGACAACCGCUAUCUUCUCCCUACUUCUAUUCAACAGGAUGACAUCCCUGCGCAAUUGGGUACAAAUGCUAAGGUGUUGGAUUUGAUGCUGCAGCCUGAGAAUGAUCACUACCAAAGUGUGGCCAGCAGCAAGUUUCUGGACGUCGUCGUCAGGGAAACUCCUCAAAUCCGAGUUUUGUUGGAUGUGGGUGCUCAGAUGUUGGAGUACUCCAAUAAGGAAUUGGCAUCGAUAUGGCUUUCGCGAGUCUCGGCAGUAGAUAUAGAUGCUACAAUCUUCUUCUCCGAAGACGACGAAAUCCUCGUUAUCAGACGUGAUGGGGCAACGGAACCGUUCAUCUCAUCGUCGUGCAGACACCAGCUUGAUCGUUGUCUCGUGUACCUGGACGAUUCCCACACAAGAGGCACCGACUUGAAGUUGCCCACCGAAUAUCGUGCCGCAGUUACUUUGGGUCCGAAAGUGACAAAGGAUAGACUAGUCCAAGGAUGUAUGCGAAUGCGCAGGCUGGGUGAGGGACAAUCUGUCUUAUUUCUCGCUCCUCCCGAUGUGGAUCGCAAAAUCCGUAAGUUCUCGAAAAAGAUUCAUGGAGAACGAAUCGGUGUAUACGACGUUCUUUCCUGGUCCAUCAGGGAGACAUGUGCCAGCCUACGGCGUUAUAGUUGUGAUUGGAGAGUGCAAGGCAUUCAUUACAUCGACAGGCAAUGCGCAUGGAAAGCGUUUUGGACAUCCUACAUCCGCCGCUCCUCAGUGUUAGCAAAAUAUUGGUUGAGACCUGAGUUGAAGCCUCUCGAGGAAAUGUAUGGGGUAACAUCGUCUUCCGUGUCAUUGGAACAGGAAUCAUUUCAUCCGGCAGCUGAUUGUCGUGAGAUCAAGCAGAGGAGUGAGGUUUUCUCAUCCUCCACAGAGAGUUGGCUGGUGAGAAUGGCAGAAGAGCAGGAGCGCGAAGUAACCCACGAGCCUGAGCGCACGCUGGAGGACGAAGAGUCGCCACCACCUUUACGGCCUGCCCGCCAUCACCUCCAUCCUGAUGUCGUAUCAUUCGUGCGCGAUGGUCAAAUCCCACUGUCUUCCCGUGCUUUUAUCUCGCUCUUUUCUUCAGUCACAAUCCUCCCUCGGUCUCAGCAAGACACCAAGUGGUCACGCAACCUUCUUGCAACCAGCGACUUCGUCACCACGAUCAAGGGUUCGAAUGCACGGAAAGGCAACGAGUUUCUUCGGCCUGUGAACUGGAUCCUGUCUAGUAUUCACGGAUCAACGCUCGUGGUGUGCAGUCCUUUUGAGGUGAAUGAGUUGCUCCCGCAAAUUCGCCGCAGCUGUAACAUCACGUUGCACGUGUACUCUCCAAGAACAAGUCAGCCGAUGAGGUCCUUCGAUGAUCUCAAAUUCCACACAAUUCCGUCUUUACCGACGACGUGGGCUUACCCAGAGAGGCUCACAGUCUCGCAGCUCAAUAUAUUCUCAGGCCAGUUAUACAUCAACGACUUCGAAACGUAUCUUGAACUUUGCAAUUUUUUGGGAAUCAACACCAGUCAUGAUGGGAGGAACGAAGUAGAAACACAAAGUGAUGGUUUUGUCCUACCCAAGAGGCGUACUGUGGAAAUGAGUUUGGUCUGCCCUUUUGAUAUUAGUCCUCUGCCUUUCAUCCACAGGCUAACGAGUCUCCGGAGGAAGGGAAUGUCCUAUGCCUCUACUCAUCUUGGGCGAAUUGUUAAUGGAGCAUUCAUACAGCCAGAGGAGUUUUGA